AUGGCGCACCAGGGUAAGGAGAACAGCGCCGGCGGCAGCAGCGAGCAGAGCAUGAGCAACAGUGGAUAUCAACCACAUACCAACUAUUACGGCGCAGAGACCGCAGACCCCGCCCACCACUACUCGACAUAUCCCCAAGGAUAUACGACCGACUACGCCCAGAACAGCUACUACGGUAGCUUUCCCUCGAACUACUACACUGCGACGAACCAGGCAGCUCCUGCCUACUACCCGAACUACUACGACCAAAGCGGCUACAACUCGUACGGCACCAACAGCGGCUACCAAGCCUACCAACACCAGGCAAUGGCGUACAACAACUCAUACGCCAACUCAGGCUAUGGCGCUGGGUAUGGUUAUCCACCAGGCUACAAUGCGCAGUACGCUCAGCCACAGCAGCAGCAAUACCAGCAGUAUCAGGCCAGCCCACCGCAGAUUCGCAACCCCUUCGCACCUCCGCCACCUCCUACUACGACCUACGGAGCUCAGAAUGCGAACUUCGACCCAGAGUAUGAGCAGCAGAUCGCCGAGUGGCAGUCGGCAUAUGCUCCCGCAGACCAGCAGGAGCGAGGUAAGAAGAGCGGCAAGUUCGACCGCCUUGACAAUGCCAAUGCAGCACCAAUCGGCCAACGUGGAACUGUUGCGACCGGCACCGACAGCAGCGACGCCAAGGGUAAGGGCGCCAACGACAACGUCACUGUGGUGAGAAAGGGAGGAGGACAGACGUGGGAGGACAAGUCACUGCUCGAGUGGGACCCUACCAAGUUCCGCAUCAUGGUUGGCAACCUCGCUGGCGAAGUCACCGACGACCUGCUCAGCAAAGCGUUCGACAAGUACGACGUCAGCAAAGCACGUGUCGUGCGCGACAAGCGUACCACCAAGUCCAAGGGAUUCGGCUUCGUCGAGUUCAAUGACAGUGAGCUCGGCUUCAAGGCGGCUCGCGAGAUGAGUCAGAAGUACAUCGGCAGCCACCCCAUCACAAUCAAGCGCAGCACCGCCAACGUCGCUCCCGUCGUCAAGAAGGAUAACAACAAGGGCAAGAACAACGAUAAGAAGAACAAGAAGAACAAGGAUGAGAAGGACCCAUUGCGUGCGAACACUCAGGCGGGCAUCGACAAGAAGCAGCCAAGCAGGGCUCCUUCUGGGUUGAAGCUGUUGGGUUGA